AUUAGCUCAGGAGAUCAUCUAAUAUUACAGUUUCACUUUUGGUCAUUGUAUUGAUAGCCAUGCCUAGUUUAUUUGACCACCAAAGACUACAUAUGGCAUGUUUGGCGGUGGAAAGAUUGCUGAGAUAAUGCUAUGGCAAGACAAAAAGUUAUCAGCUGCGGUUCUCCUAGCUAUGUGCUGCUAUUGAGUCAUUGGAUCGAUGUACCAUGUGUAUCCUAUUUUAAAUAAUGCAAAAAAAUUUGGUUAGACUUUGGAUAUGUAUAAUUUUAAUUCAGGUCAAGGCGUCAAGCACAUAAUGCCCACGCCCCCCUUAAACUACUCACCUAUCUGGACUCUCCCCAACUGCUGAAUAAGACAGCUAUUUAUUUAGUAGCAGUCUGUGAACAGCUCCUACUCCUAGCAACCUGUGACGCCUAUAUAAAAUGCCAUAUCCACAAUCCAAAAAUUCACACUGUGCAAAGCAACAUACUCACCAUAUAUCAGAUUCCUUAUCAAUAUUUUGUCUCGUGUGAGAAAAUCAUGGGUGUUAUCACUACUGGAAGUGAGCGUGUUUCGGCUGUUGCUCCUGCAAGACUAUACAAAGCCAUCGUCCUGGAUUUUAGCAAUGUCUUCCCAAAAGCCAUACCAAAUGUUGAGAGUGUUGAAAUUAUUGAAGGAGAUGGAGGGCCAGGGUCCAUUAAGAAGUUCAGUUUAACUGAUGGUUUGGGAUCCGUGAAGCACAAGGUAGAUAUGGUUGACCCAGAAAACUACGUGUACCACUAUACCAUAAUUGAAGGCAAAGCUUUAUUAGACCAAUUGGAGAAGAUCUCUUAUGAGUACAAAUCUAUGGCAAGUCCUGAUGGAGGCUCCAUUAUUAAGUGCACAACCAAAUACUAUACCAAAGGAGAUGCGCAGCUUCCAGAUGAGUUUCUGAAGGCUAUCAAGGAAAUCUCUGAUAGGUCCACUAAGGCUGUUGAGGAUUAUCUUUUGGCUAAUCCUGAUUACAACUAAAACAAACAACUUAUCACAGAUCCGUUGUUAAUUAUGAGGAAGAGUCCUUCUUGUCGUCUCUGUUGUCAUGUUUUUAUGAACAUUUGGAUUUGAUUUGAAUUUUGAGAUAUAGGUGUGGGAUUAUGGCUUGCAUACACUUACUAUGUAAAAAGAUGAAAUUAGUAAUAUUUCUCUUAUAUAGUUCUCUGCAUCCCCUUUACUGUGUACAGUUGACAAGGAGCUCAAACUAUGCAACAAUGUAACACAUUCAGAGAAAGAAAAGGGAGAAAAUAAUGAACUUUUAUUGGAAAUUUCGUGUAAACACACUUGUUAUCUCCUUACUAGUGUUUCCCCAUGUUUUGAG